AUGUUCAGUUCGGCCGGUGACGGACGACACAUCGGGCUGAAAGUCCUGCGCGAGUUCCGAGUCGCGCCGGAAGAAGCGCAGAUUAUUGACAUCGUCACGAUCUACGGCAUCGGUGCCCACCCGGACGACACCUGGUGCAAAAAUGUGGGCACGGCGCAGAGCCCGCAGUGGUUCAACUGGCGCGACAGGGACGACAUGCUACCGGCAGUGGCGCCGAAUGCGCGCAUUAUGCGAUAUGGAUACCAGUCUCAGUGGUUUUGGGAAGGGGCAGUGAGGCAGAAGGCGUCGAUCGCUGCACAGCGGUUGGAGUAUCCAUUCCGCUCGCUGACCUUUGUAGCACACUGCUUCGGUGGGCUGGUUGUGCUGAAGCCGCUUGAUACUUUCGGUAUGCCGUUCCGAGGGGCUGAGGGAAUGUGCCAGGUAGAGAUGCUCGAGGCAGCGCGGAGGGAAUGCCAGGAGGACGAGGUGCAGCCAGAGUGUAGGAAAGGUUAUAGGGUAGGAGGAUUGGACAAGAUUCGUGGUAAGCGAGACCUCUGGCUGCCUCGAAAUAUCUUCGACGAGCAAGUUUUCGAUCUCACGUACCCAUUUCGAAUGAACAAAUUUGGGAGAGCUAUGGAGGAGGAUUUUGAGACGAAGAAGCGCUAG